AUGGCCUUGCCCGCUCUUCCUGUACCCAAGACCAGAAAGAGUACGGGGGGCAUUCCCACGACGGCUUCCAAGGCCAGCCCGUCAACACCGAAUUCUAAAAGUGGCCUUCGAGCUCCAUCCGCCGGCUUCCUACCUCCCACGACCCCUGCACCCACUUCCGCCCUUCCGCAACCGCGUACGGCCUCUGCCAUGAGUAAUUCUUCAUUGCGAACGUUGCGCAAGACAGUGAGCAUCAACUCGUUCCCCCAACCGCCCCGAGGCGACAAUCGCAUCAGUAGCCUCCCCCCGAGUCCACUUGGUGCUGACUCCUCACUGAACUCCACACGCAAGUCAAAGGGUUCUGUCGCGUCGACUUAUUCGCAGAGCAACGGCGCCCCGAGUCUGCUGAACAACAGCGCCGAGGGCAAGUCAAUAUCUAGCGCAAGUGUUCGGAUGUCCGAUGGCCUUAUCAGCAUCUCUUCACCACCACAAAGCAGGAGUUCUUCUGCCCAGGACUCAUACUCAACUUCUGCGACAACGUAUGAUGACCCUAUCGAUGGAAUGGCAGCAAAAUCCUCAUCUGACGGCAGCAGUGAUAAGAGAGGUUCCAAACUAGACGGCAAGGGCAAUGUGAUUGUCAGUGUGAGAGUGCGGCCAGAUGCGAGCGGAAACGAGAGCACAAAAGCCGAGGGCGAGUGGAUGGUUGAUGGAAGAAAGUCUCUUGUUGCGUAUAGAGGAAAAGAAGGCGGAGACUAUUUUUAUGAUAAUGUCUUCACGACACACGACGACAACAGCCGAGUAUACGACUGCUUAGCAAAACGUCUAGUCCGCCGUGUGAUGGAGGGAUACCACGGAACAGUUUUCGCCUACGGCAUGACUGGUACCGGAAAGACGUUUUCGAUGCAAGGAACCGCUUCUUCGCCGGGUGUGAUCCCACUCGCAAUCACAGAUAUCUUUUCCUAUAUCAGAGAAACACCAUCCCGCGAAUUCCUUCUCCGUGUCAGUUACUUGGAGAUUUACAACGAGAAAAUUCAUGAUUUGCUUAGUAUGUCGACAGGGCCCGGCGCGGCGGCUGGUGGGCAAGAAGAAAUCAAGUUACGCGAGGACAGCAAGCGCGGUGUUUACGCCAGUCCCUUGAAGGAAGAGAUUGUGCAGAGUCCUACCCAGCUUCUCAGGGUGAUUGCGCGUGGAGACCAAGCGCGCAGGACUGCAAGCACCCAAUUUAAUGCGAGGAGCUCCCGAAGUCAUGCGGUUGUACAAAUCGUGGUGGAGAGCCGAGAGCGGAUACCAGGGAACCCCGGAGGUGGCGACAGCAAAAGGUCAGGAAUGCUACCUGGCGGCGUUCGAGUGUCGACACUGAGCCUGAUCGAUCUCGCUGGAUCCGAGAAGGCUGCCGAGUCCAAAGAGCGAAGAACCGAGGGCUCGCACAUCAAUAAGAGUUUGCUCACUUUGGGCACUGUCAUCUCCAAACUUUCCGAACACAAGGACAAGGAUGGAAAAGCGGCCGACAAAGAUGGGAAGCAUCUGCCUUAUCGCGACAGCAAGCUAACCAGGCUUUUGCAAGGCGCGUUGUCAGGCGGAUCGCUGGUGAGCAUUCUUUGCACCAUCCAGAUCGGCGCGGCUGGCAGCGCUGCGUCCUCGAAUUCCCACACAUCAGAGACGAUCAACACCCUCAAAUUCGCAUCCAGGGCAAAGAACAACAUUGUCAGUCAUGCCAAGAAAGCAGAAGAGGCCCUGGGAAGCGGCGGUGACGGCGGUGCGAGAGUUCUCCUGGAGCGUUAUCGCAUGGAGAUCCUCGAGUUACGGCAACAGCUCGACACACAAGCCAAGGAAAAGAACGCAAAAUACGCCGAGGAAGAAAGAGAGCGAGACGUCUUGGAGGAGAAGGCCCGUGAAAUCGAGGCUGAGCAUCGGCAUGAAGAGCAAAUGCUCGAAAUGCAGCUGGCUCGCACAGCGCUAAAAGAACGGAUCGAUCAUCUCAACCGUCUGAUCUUGAGUUCCAAAUCAAUCGGCGUCAAUGUCAGCGGCUCCUACAGCGCUCUGGGCAUUCACCCUCGGUUCUCAAUGGCCUCAGCAAGAUCAUCAAUGGCUACUUCGAAUGGCGGCAGGCCAUUGCUCGAAAGGACAGCAUCAAUGACAUCGGCGUCAUCAACCAUAGGCCGUCGCUCUAGCGGUCGUUCGAGUGGAGGACAACGUCAGUCUAGCGGUGAAGGGGGGGUUGUGACAGACGAUGACAGCAUUGGCGAAUACGGAGAUGGAAGUGCCUCUUUGUCGGCUCAGAACCAUGCCCUGCAGGCCGACUUGGCAGACAAGACAAGAUAUAUUCAGACACUGGAGAAACGGCUUAUGCAGGCACGAAGAGCCAGUUCUUCGAGGACUUCGGUUGGUUUCUCCGCCCCGAAUAAAGGCAUCAUGGUCGGAGAAGACCACAGUGUGUCGACGCUUUUGCGGGAGAAGGACGCCGAGAUUGCAGAGCUUCGAGCUCGAUUGGACGACAAGGAUCGCAUGCUGGGCGCGCUUCGGUCUGCGGCGCGGUCUCGAGACACUGCAGAGGGCCACACCGAUGGCAGGACAUCAGCUCUUUACGAACACAGUCCACCACCGACGAUGAACCCGCCGCCAGCACCAUCAGCCGCCCCGAAUAAACCUCGCAACCGUACCAAGAGUGUCGAUGAGAUGAGCAAGAUUCUGGACGAAAUGAUUCAGGACCGUGUUGAAACAGGCCACCUGGUAAAGGGAGCCCGAGGAAGCAUCCGUGUCGUCAGCGAUCGUAAGCUUGAGGUGCACCCGGAGUUGCCUGUGAACCUUGAACCCCUCAGGAAAGCAGCAUCGUUUGACGAAACCAACAAGGUCUCGGUGAUGGGCAUGUGA